AUGAAUAUCAUAAACGAAAAUUUUAUAUCAACAGAGAGUGUACAUCUGUGUAUUGUUACUAUUGAUUGUUCAAAACUAUUCGAAAAUCAAAACAAUGUAAAUACAAAAACUUUUCAAGAAACGUUAUUAUCUGAGUUGAUUGAAUUAGUAAUUUAUCUGAUCUCCAAAAAUGUUGUUCCAAAGCAAUCGAAAUAUAAACAACUUAUUAGUUUGAAUUUUAAGAAAUUAUUCAUACCGCUAAGUCUUUGGAAUGACAUAUUAUCAAUAGCAUUAGAAAGGGUUAACCUUUCUAAUGCCUAUGAUAUAUUCAUAACCGAAAGUACUACUCAAAAUAAAGAAAAAUAUAUUUCAAAGAAUUCACGUUUGAUGAAUUUUAUUAACUCAAAUAAAACAGAAGCGGAUCUCUUUAAAGAUAUAGAUUAUGAAAAUAUAUUGAAGUUAUCGUUAUUAGAGGCUUUUAAAGAAAAUAAUAUUACUGAAGAUGACGAAAUGAAUCAAAUUUUAGAAGAGUUUCAUAAUUUAGAAGAAAUAAUUUUAUUUCAACAAGAAAACUGA